AUGGUACAAUCAUCGCCCGAACCUGGCAUUUUGCCUAGACAGUCUACUCUGCCUUUACAGAUUGGACGGAUACGCGCAGCAUCAGUUACCACCGCGAAUAAAAUUCUAAGCUAUGAUCCGCAGCCAGGGAUGUGGGCCGCAACUGGUACAGCGAUUGCACAUGCUCCAAACCUCACCGACUUGCGGAAGAACAACAUCGAUUUUGAUGUGGACGGACAUCUUGCGACCAAUCUUGAAUCGUCAGAAUCCGUUAACAAGGAACGAGCAACGACAUUGCCAAACAUCUCGCCAGUACCGUCGACCAACACAUCAAGCGGCGUUGACAAGAAACCAUUGAACACAUUGGUACAAACCUUGAGCCACUCGACAACGAAUUUAGAACCACCCAAAACGUGGAAACAGACUAUCAUCACUGGUCUCGUUGCCUUUUGGCGCUUCUUCAAAACACCAACCGGCUUCCUCAUCACUCUGUAUGGCCUCAAUGUCGUGGCUUGGGGUGCCAUGCUCUUUUCCCUGAUUCUCAAAGCAGCACCUGCCAUGAACCAUCCCGAUGGUGGUGAUGCCGACUCCUCGCCUCGCAAAAUUUGGAUUGAGAUUGAUUCUCAAAUACUGAAUGCACUCUUUUGCUUGACGGCUUGGGGACUUGCACCGUGGAGGUUCAGGGACCUCUGGUGGCUGUGCGUGUGGCGCUUUGGACGUGAAACCCAGAGCCGCUCAAGCGCAAUCAGAAGAUUGGCAGCAAGAAACGCCAGCUGGUUCCGUCUGCAAGAGAACUAUCUGUCGGAACAUGAAGAAGACGGCGUCAAUCCGGUGUUGAUACGUCGAGAAACCUUUUCAGGUGAAAGGGCACCUCCUACAGCACCUUGGAAGAUGGACUUUGUGGUAUGGAUGAUGGUGUUGAACACACUCCUGCAAGUUGGCAUGGCCUACAUGAUGUGGAGAUACAAUCGGAUCGAUCGUCCGACUUGGGGAUCCGGUUUGUUCAUUGGCCUAGGAUGUGCAGUGAGCAUGUUUGCUGGCUUGAUGUCCUGGUGGGAAGGAAGGAAGAUCAAGAAGAUCGAAGGACCAAAAGUUUUGAAGGAUAAGGAGAGUACAGAAGUCUGA